AUGGCGCAAACGUCUACAAUCAAAAGCCUGUGGCAUUUCACUAAAGGAUCGGCUCUAAUCUACUGCGUCUGUCACACCUUCGCUAAGCAUGUUGGAGAAUUAGUAAUCUGUAGUGGGCCUUCAAUGCACCCGGCUGUUCAAGACGGAGAUUUCGUGCUUUCUGAGCGUUUAACCAUCAAAAACAAUAAUGUGCAAAUUGGUGACAUCGUUGGUUGCGAGAAUCCUCAAAAGGCAAAAGAAUUGUUAUGUAAACGUGUUGUCGCAAAAGAAGGGCAUCCUGUAGAAUCGCAUCUAUUACCAUCUGGGCGUGUACCGAUCGGCCACGUUUUCGUCGUAGGAGACAAUCUAGCAUUAUCCACAGAUUCCAGACAAUUCGGUCCAGUACCUGAAGGUCUCGUUCAAAUACGUCUUACUCUUCGAAUAUGGCCACUCAACCGCUUCGGAUGGGUCUCCGAUCAUUGGUUCUGGGAUAAAACCGAUCAGAACAAAAAAGGAUAA